UGGAGCUGCGGAACUUGCUGGUUAAAUUCUUUGGGCCUCCUUCCUGCCUUCUGUGGCUUCACAGCGUUUCCUUCCAUCAGUCCUGCUGCCUGUGUUGUAAAGCUCUGUGGCUGAGAUGGAUGACAAGGGGAGUGACCAAGAGCCAGUUCAGAGAUUAAGCUUUUCCCUUGGUGAAGAAGAGACUGAGAACAAGGAGCAGAAGGAAGCAGGAGAGAGCAAGGAGGCCCAGAGCCAGACGCCAGAGAAGAGCGGGGGUCGGGACUCAGAGUCUCCCAGGACACCCGUUAGGAACGUAAGCGAACUUGACACAUCGCAGGAAAAGGACAAAUCAAGUCCAGAUCCGGUUUUGUGCACUCCAAAGUCGGCCCCUCCCAAAUGUCUUGUGACACCCGCGCAGUCGGACAAGAGGAGCAAGAUGCAGUCUGGCGGCAGCCCCUCUACUCCCAAAAACCUGCAGAGCCAGCCUCCGGUGAUCUCCUCCACGGGCAAGCUCUCCUCUCGAAGCUCUAAGAGGCUCACACCUGUUUCCUUCAGGGAUGAGAUGACCUCACUGGCUCUGGUCAAUAUUAAUCCCUUCACCCCCGAGUCUUACAGAAAGUUAUUCCUUAAAAACAAUGGCAAGAGAAAAACCCGAGGAGAUCUUGAGGAAGCUGGUCCGGAGGAAGCCAAGUUAGAGCAAGGGUUACCUGCCAAGAGAUGCGUCCUGCGAGAAACCAACAUGGAUGCCCGUUAUGAAAAGGAGUUCUUGGAGGUAGAAAAAAUUGGGGUUGGGGCAUUCGGUACAGUCUACAAAUGUAUUAAGAGGCUGGAUGGAUGUGUGUAUGCAAUAAAGCGUGCUACAAAACCAUCUGCAGCAUCUUCAAAUGAGAAUUCGGAUCUGCGGGAAGUGUAUGCCCAUGCAGUGCUUGGGCAUCACCCCCAUGUGGUGCGCUACUACUCUGCAUGGUCAGAAGAUGACCACAUGAUCAUUCAGAACGAAUACUGCAAUGGUGGGAGUUUGCAGUCUGCCAUAUCUGAAAAUGCUAAGUCUGGUAAUCAUUUCCAAGAGCCAAAUCUCAGAGACAUUCUUCUACAGGUUUCUAUGGGACUCAGAUACAUCCAUAACUCUGGCAUGGUACACCUGGACAUCAAACCUAGUAACAUCUUCAUUUGUCAUAAGGCGCAAAGUGACUCCACUGAAGUCCCAGAGGAGGUUGAAAAUGAAGCUGACUGGUUUCUCUCUGCCAGUGUGAUAUAUAAAAUUGGUGACCUGGGCCAUGUAACAUCCAUAAGUGAACCGAAAGUGGAAGAAGGAGAUAUCCGCUUCCUGGCUAAUGAGAUUUUACAAGAGGAUUAUAAAAACCUCCCCAAAGCAGACAUAUUUGCCUUGGGAUUAACGAUCGCAGUCGCUGCAGGAGCAGAGUCGCUGCCUGCCAACGGAGCUGCGUGGCAUCACAUCCGCGAGGGUAACCUUCCAGACAUCCCUCAGAAACUCUCUGAAGACUUCCAAGAUCUGCUUAAGGAAAUGAUCCAUCCUGAUCCAGAAAAGAGACCUUCUGCGGCCGUUCUGGUCAAAAACCGAGUUCUGCGGCCGUCCCUGGGGAAAGCGGAAGAGCUCCAGAAGCAGCUGAACUUGGAAAAGUUCAAGAUAGCCACACUGGAAAGGGAACUGAGAGAAGUGCAACAAGUCCAGUCCCCCCAGGGAAACAGCUCCCACAGUGACCCUGAGGUCUCUGGGACGCCUACAGGAUCAAGAAGCACAAAACGCCUGGUGGGAAGAAACAGUGCCAAGUCUUCAAGCUUUACCCUAGGGGAAUCUUCCCCAUAGGAGCUCCUUCAAUACCAACCAUAUAGCCUCCAGUAGAUAGAUGCUGACCAUCUCAGCCUUCCUCUCACACGUGGAAAAACUAAUCAACUUGAAUGCCCAAAGAUCACGGAAGUCAUCCUAGUUUACCACUUGUAGCCAAGAUCUUUAAGCUUUUAAGGCUUCCUAUUACUCAUGGUCCCUGGGGCUAUAAUUGGUAGCCAUUUGCCUUAUCUACUGCCAUAUUCCAAACACCACUUAUCAACUUAUUUGGUUCUCAAAUUUUUUGGAUGAGCAAUGGGAAACAUGGGCUUUGAGUUGCAAAACGAAAAGGAAAUGGCUCUUGAGGCUGGCUUAUGGACGACUAAACGGUUGUUGUUGCUCAUUCCCCCCACAUCCCAGGAUGUGGUUUUGGUUUGCAGGGAUGGGGUACAGGAAAACGUGCCUGGGUUUCAACAGUGCUUCCCGGUUAUGUGAUACUGCUUCUGAAAGAAUUCCUAGUCCCUUCGAGCAAGUAGUCCUGAUAUUUUCUGGGUGGAGAGAAAUCCCUUUCUCUGAUACUGUAUUUACUAAACGAAGGCCUCACCGUUGUGUGAGGUGGUAGAAGUCAAACUCCUUGAGCUGGUGGCUGUGGACAAGAGCCGGCAGGCAGAGCUUCCGUGGUUUACCGUGGCUGUUACCCCUCACUGUCUGCCCUGACCCUCCCCUGGGUGUUCUUAGUGGCUCUGACUUUCUAGGUGUGACCAAUGCCUCCUGGUUUUAUCAGAAUUUGACUUUUUUCCCCUGUAAUUUUAUCAUUUUAUUCAGAUUCUUUUCUGUUUUUAAAGAAAUAGGGUACUUGUAAAUAAAGGUUUUUAUCUUGUUCAAAGCGGAACAUGGG